AUGAUUUCCGCGUUGGUCAGCACCAGCAUACUCUUUCCAAGCUAUAUAUAUUCCGGAAUUAUUCUAUUGGUGCUUUUUUCAGCAUCAGUUUUAUUAUUCUUUCACAGUUAUAUCAUUACAGUAGAUUUGAGCGAAAAAGAUGAAAAAGAACAAAGAAUCAGAUGUCUUUUCAAUAUUAGCUCAGAUGCACUGAUAAUUCAUAAAGAUGGUGUCAUAAUGGAUGCCAAUACCACAUUUGAAACAAUGUUUCAAGUUAAAACAGAAUCUAUUCUAUAUAAAGUUCCAUCAUUAAUUAGUGAAUUCUUACCGGAUUUCGAAAAGUUAACACAUAACAAUCAUUCUUUUGAAACCUAUGGUAUCAAUUCUCUGGGUGAGAAUUUCGCGGUUUUGGUAAAGGUGGAGCAUGUUAAGCAUAAUUCAGAUGAUAUCGAUAUCAUCUCAGUUAUUGAUACCAGUGCCAAGAAGAAGUUGAUCGAAGCCGACUUGGCGCUGAGAAAGGCAGAGGCUAUCAAUGAAGCGAAAAUCAACUUCCUAACAACGGUGAGUCAUGAAGUGAGAACACCAAUCAAUGGAAUAUUGGCAUCUGUCGAAAUCAUUGAGAAUACAGUGUUGAACGAUACUCAACGUGAUUUUCUUAGUUGCAUCAAAGAUUCAGGUUGUUAUCUACUCGAUUUGAUCACAGACAUCCUUGAUUUCUCAAAGAUCGAAGCUGGAAAGAUGGAACUACAAAAAGUUGAAUUCAACAUGAUAACAAUGUUGGAGGAAGCAAUGAAUAUUGUAUAUACAACUGCACAAGAAAGAGAUUUAGAAAUUUUAUUGACAGUUGAAGAAUCUGUACCAAUUGUUGUUAUUGGUGAUCCGUAUAGAGUUAAACAAGUGCUAUUGAAUUUCUUGUCGAAUGCUAUUAAGUUUACACCGAAAGGACAUGUCAUUGUUAGAGUUAAGCUGGAUAAAUCCAAUCCUAACCAGGAUUCGUCGAGUUUGGUAGAUUAUACAGUAUGUUUCGAAGUGGAAGAUUCUGGAAUCGGCAUCAAAGAGGAACAGAUGGAUAGUUUGUUUACUGCUUUCCUUCAGCUCGAUGGAACCUCACAGAGAAAGAAUCAGGGCACAGGACUUGGACUGAGCAUUUCCAAGAGGCUCUGCCAGUUGAUGGGUGGCGAGAUAACUGUUCGUAGUAAAUUUGGAAAUGGAUCGACUUUUGCUUUCACAUCGAUGCUCCAAUCUAAACAGAAAUGGACAUACGGUUCUAUAGGCAGUUCUCUAGCACUAUACAAUUCUAACCUCUCGAUGAUUCACACCAACAAUGAGCAAUUCGUUUGUAAGUCGAUUAGAGGAUAUGUUUUUGAUCCGAAUCCACACGUUCGUAAUUCAGCAAUUCAUUUCUUCUCAUUGCUAAAAAUCAAUAUUCAAGCGUUGGAGUCGGAGCAACAGCUUCUUAAUCUCGUACAGAAUGGCGGUGAUUUAGAAACUCAGUAUUCAAGUGAAGAUAUUAUUUUAGUGAUAACAAAGGAGCUGAGUGUAUCGAUGAUCGAGCAGAUUUUCAAUUAUAAAUCGAAACAACAACAACAGAAACUUCCAUUAAUUUAUUGGAUUCUCAUCAAAGAUGGUCAACCAAAUCCUUUUGAGAAUCAAUUCUACUCCAGUAGUAUAAGAAAACCUUUACAAUUACCAAACGUUGUAGAAUGUCUUUAUUCCAUUCAAAACCUACCUAUUCCAGCCGAUUUACACUACCUUUUAACGAAUAACCGUACUACCAGAACAAACGAUUUGAAUUCAAGUGGUUCGAAAGAGAAGAGAAAGGCACUUCAUCAUCAUAGAACAUCAAGUUAUGGUGACCAUGUAGCAAUCACCAGAGCAUUGGUACAAAAUAAUAGAAGUCCAAGACCAACUGACGCUUCUCAAUUAUUUAAUAUCAAUAACCAAAACAACAAUAACAAUGAUAACAAUAGCAACUCAGAUCAUUCCAAUAAUAUUUCCAAUGAAUUAUUAGGAUUGAAUCAUUUCGAUUGCAACAAAAACAUAUCGGAUGUAACUACCUCUUCUCCACCAUCGGGUAGAUCAAUUAGAACAGACUCUCUGAGUUUGUCAUCUGCAUCGCCAAACUCUGAAUUCUCUCCUUUCGUUAACAGUUGCAGCAACAACAACAGUGGCAAUUGUAUUCAUCCUGAUCCGGCUGUCGAUGAAUGCUCCAUCAAUAACACGAUGGCUUGUACUCCACCUUCGAUUUCCAAGCCAACGACACCUCGACAACUCACCAAAAAAUCGAAAGCUAUCAAACAACUCAACACCUCUGUUUCCGUUCCAAGUACACCAUCAUCUAUGAAGUCAUCCAGCUGUAUAUCGAGUGCAGUUGGAGUGGUAGUGGCCACAACCGACCCUGCCACCUCUUAUGAAACCAUAAGGAAAUCGGCUAGUAUGUACGAAGUAAUCAAGUCUCCAACACUCGAGCUCAGAUCUUCACCGACUUUUCAAUCGACCAUAUCGAUGCCACCCAUAGAUAGUGUAACUUUGAAAUCGAGUCGUCGUCAAAGCAUACCAUCUCUCGACCUAAAUCUGUCAUCUCAACAGGAGGAAUUCAGUAGAAAAUCCAGAAGUUCUUUAGGUUCCUUUGAGAUAUUCUCACCGACUUCACCGACAACCACCAACAUCCCCAUCAACCAAUUCUCCAUUUCCUCAACAUCAUCAACAUCAUCCAACUCGAAUUCCUCAAACAAUUUAAUGGGUAACAACAACAACAUUAACAAUAGCAAUAAUAGCAAUAGUAUUAGCAACAGUCCUAUUAUUACUAGUGGUGACAAUACUGUUAUGUCUUCUUCUUCUUCUUCCUCCACCACCAUUGGCAAACUGUUAAAGUCUAGUUUCAAGAUAUUGUUGGUUGAAGACAAUCCCACCAAUAAUUUCAACGAAGAUGAUUUAAUCUAUUUGAAUUCAAACUAUUAUAAUAAUAAUAAUAAUAGUAUUGUUAAUUCAACAACUACAACAACUACAACAACUACAACCACUACAACGACAACCACAAAUAUUAUCAAUGAUAGCAGUAGUAAUGGUAGUAUCAAUAUGAACAGUUGUAACAACAACAACAACAAUAAUAGUAUUAAAUUCUUAAAUAACAAUAAUAUUGUCAAUGUCAAACAAGGUGCUUGA